UACAUUACAUUAGGACGAUUACUUUUGUUGUAUUUAUACUACUUUUUUGUAUAUACGAUCAGUUGAGCAAAACAAAUCAAGAUGCCAAAGGGAAAAACAAAAAAGUUUAUUGACAAGAAGAAUUCUGUUACAUUCCACUUGGUUCAUCGUUCACAAAAAGAUCCAUUAGUGGCAGAUGAAACAGCACCACAAAGAGUCCUAGUUCCAGUUGCUGAUACACAAGCGGCAAAAACAGAGAAGAAAUCAUUAGACAGUGAAACACGCAAAAAGGAGCAGCAUAAAUAUGGGAUUUACUUUGACGAUGACUAUAAUUAUUUACAACAUCUUAAAGAUGUCAAUACAUUGUCAGUGGAAUGGGAACGCGUCGAGAACACGAAUAAUUCCAAAUGCGACAAGAGUGCUCCAAAAAUUAACUUACCAUCUUCGGUGUUUCAAUCAAAUGUCGAGGAAAAAGUUGGUAUGCUUAAUAAAGCAGCACCAGUUUCCGGGCCACGAUUAGAUUUAGACCCGGAUGUAGUCGCUGCAAUGGAUGAUGAUUUUGAUUUUGAUGAUCCUGAAAAUCAGUUAGAAGAUAAUUUCAUAGAAUUAGCUAAUGCUGGAAAUUGCGACAGCGAGGAUUCUGACAGAGAAUAUGAAUAUGAAUUAAACGAACCAAAAAAUAAAUAUAGUGAAUCAGAUGUCUCAUCUGAUGGUUACAUGGAUUUAUCCAAUGAGGAGGCAGAUGAAGUAUGUAGUUUGAAUGGACCUCAAUAUACUUUUAAGGAUGAAGAAACGAAAUCAAGGUUUACAGAAUAUUCUAUGAGUAGUAGCGUGAUGAGGAGGAACAAACAACUUACAUUGCUGGAUGACAAAUUUGAAAAGAUGUAUGCUGGAUACGAUGAAAAUGAAAUUGGUGCUUUAGAUUGCGACGAAAUAGAAGGAUAUAUAACGUAUGACUCUGAUCUUGUUAUGCAAUAUGCUGCUGAAUUUGAAAAGAAGCAAAGAGAAGACACGGAAAAUAUCACGGAACUUAUGAAAGACAGAAUGAAGAUUGUGGAACCAGAAUAUUCGAGUUCAGAAGAUGAACAUUUUGAAAAACUUCUUGUUACUGCUCGUGGAAGGGAUAAAUGGGACUGUGAAAGUAUUCUUAGCACAUAUAGUAACAUUUAUAAUCAUCCUAAAUUAAUAUCAGAACCUCCUAAGCGAUCAAAGAAAAUUGAAAUAGAUCGAAAAUCUGGUAUUCCGAAAAAUGUAUUAGGCAAUACUGGAAAAUUAACAGCUGAAACUUUGGCCCAAUUUGAUAUGGAAAAUAAUGUGCCAAAAGGCCUACAAUCCGUAGCGGAAAGUAGGAAAUCUACCUUAAGCAUUCUAAGUAUAAGACCCAAAGAGGAAACUCCUGACGGAAGAAAAGAAAGAAAGAAGCUGCUCAAAGAAUACAGAAAAGAAAGAAGGAUAGAGCGAAAGGCAAACACCGAAGCAUUUAAAGAAGAAAAGAAACGCCAAGAGAAGAUUCGAUUGAAUAACAAACAAAACAUUCAAGGAACUCGUAUAGUAUAAAAUUGUCAAAAUAAUAUGUUUUGCAACUACGAUUGUGUCUCAGGUUGCAGAUUUAACAACUUUGAUUUUAUGUAUAAAA